CCCGCAGGCGGGGCCUCCCUGGGAUGAAGCCUGUGGACUGUCUUGUGUUGGGCUCUCGCGGCGCGGCCUGGCCUGGAUGGCGGGACCGGUGAAGGACCGCGAGGCCUUACAGAGGCUCAGCUUCCUGUACCAGGCCGCCCACUGCGUCCUCGCGCAGGAGCCCGAGAACCAGGCGCUGGCGAGGUUUUACUGCCACACGGAGAGGAACAUCGCAAAGCGGCUCGUCUUGCGGAGGGACCCCUCAGUGAAGAGGACCCUCUGUCGUGGCUGCUCUUCCCUCCUCAUCCCGGGCCUGACCUGCACCCAGCGCCAGAGACGCUGCAAGGGUCAGCGCUGGACUGUACAGACCUGCCUAACAUGCCAGCGCAGCCAGCGGUUCCUCAACGAUCCUAGGCAUCUGCUCUGGGGAGACCGGCCUGAGGCUCAGCUGGGGAGCCAGGCAGGGCAGGCUCCACAACAAAGUAUCAUCGGGCCCAGAAUAUCUGCCAUGCUGAGAUCGAGAACCCCUGUCUGCACAGAUCCUUCCUCAGAGCCUGACGCUCCAGGCAGGCUUCCUCCGGAACACCUACAACACCCGCACACAUCUGUGUGAUCACCCUCUGCACACUGCAAGGAGCUUUGACCGCGUGUCCCUCCAACCCGCGACCCUACACUCUACCCCAGCGGCAAUCGGAAUCCGACGCCCCCUUCUGCACCACCGCACCUUUCCGUCUACCCGCCUCCGACGUCUGGCCUCUCUUCCGUGGUUGCCGCGGUCUUCAGCAAUUGUGCUGGGACCCUCAAAGUUGACCAUCCCCAACAGGAGGUGCCCAGGUUCGUCUGGCUCCAUUCCAGUCCCAGUGUUUGUUUCUCCCAAUUAAAAAAAAAAUUUUUUUCAGAAUUCCAAAAAGUAAAUCUUGAAUUUGCUGCCCGCUGGCAAUUAUUUCCGUAACACUUACACUGUAUUUACAGCUAUUUACAUAGCAUUUACACAUUGUAUUAGCUGCUAUAAGUAACCUACAGAUGAUUUAAAGUAUACGGAAGGUUGUACACAGGCUGUAUGCAAAUACUACGCCAUUUAUAUAAGGCAUCUGAGCAUCCACGGGUUUAGGUGUGCAGGGUUGCCCUGGAUCCAGUCCUCCGCGGAUACCCAGGAAGGAGUCUAUAUGCUGCUCAUAAAUGAAACUGUUCUGAGCGUGUCGUUUUCCAUACAUGGAUAAUAAAUGAAUUUUAAAUUGGGGUUGAACAUGAA